AUGAAGGUCCUCGUCCUCGGCGUCACAGGCUUCAUCGGUGGACCAGUAGCUCAGGCCCUCACACGUGAAGGUUAUAUUGUGUACGGCUUGAUUCGCAAGUCAUCUCAGGUCGAGGAACUCAAAUCUGCUGAAAUCAUCCCCAUCGUCGGCGACCCUUAUGACCCUUCCUCCUGGAUCUCAAUCAUCGCUACCAUCGACGCCGUGAUCGAGUGUAUCGGUGGCACCGAACCAUGGAAGACCGGGCCCACCCUUCUCAAACUCGUCACAAACGCUGUCAACGAGCUCCGACCUACCCAUGUGCCGAAGCUCACAUACGUCUACACCAGUGGCACCAUCGUGCACGGCAAUAGCGACGACAUCGUCACCGAUAGCUCUCCCCAUGCGACUGGUUCCCCGCUCGUCGUUUUCAAGACGGAGUUCGAGCGGAAGGUAGUAGAGAGUACGGCGCUCAACGGGAUCGUGAUACGCCCAUCACUGGUUUACGGAAGGUCGGGCUCGACAUCGGGAAUAUUCUUUGGUAAGGUGAAGAUCGAGGAGGACGCGGCUAACGGGACGAGGAAGGGCAGCGUGCAGUGGUUUGGCAAGCCCGGGAUGAGGAUGUCAACGAUCCAUGUCGAUGAUCUGGCUGAGAUGUAUGUGAAGGUGAUGAGGAAGGCGGCUCUGGUCGGAGGGGUGAUAUUUGAUGCGACGAACGACAUGAUGGAGAGUUACGACGAUGUUCUCCAGAGGUUGAUGGUUCUGCUUACUGGUGAGCAGGGCACCAUCGAGCGUGUCGAACCGGGUAACCUGCUCGAGGAAGCCCUAAUGACCUCUGUCCUACUACGUCCCUACAUGGCCAAAGCCCUGCUCGGGUGGCACCCCAAGAAGAUGGGACUCGGAGAUGGAAUCGGUGUUUAUCACGAGGCGUGGAGGGUCGGUCAAGGAGAUGGACUUCCCACUUAUACUACGGCUUGGAAGAAGCCUGAGUUAAAUUAAGAGGACAAGCCAAGCUACAGUUUUCAAGCUACUGUAGUUUUACCUUCUAUAAGCG